UCACUCUCUCACCACCAUCUCCCUCUCUCUCUCUCUCACGCUCCCCUCCUCGCCUCGCCUGAGCAGCCACCGGAGCAGCAGCAGCAGCAGCUCGCCGCCGACGAGUCGCCGACGACGAUGGGGUACACGUACACGCCGACGUACUACUCGGGCCUGCACGACACCAUCGCGUCGCUGUGCAAGUCCAUCCUCCCCUUCGGCGGCUUCAGGUCCGGCCGCCGCCUCACCGCCGACCAGGCCGCGGCGAGGCGCCACGCCGACGCGCUCAAGUGGCAGCAGGAAUCGUUCCACCGCAUCCUCCACCUCUCCGCGCUCCACCGCGAGGGCAUCGUCCCGCCCUCCGACGUCGACGCCUUCCGCGCCGACAUGCUCGCCACCCUCGCCGCCGCCCCGCCCCCGCCCGCCCACCCCGACCAGCCCGCCAUCCUCCGCGACAAGCUCCUCUUCCUCCAGGAGCUCUUGUACGCCAAGUGCAUCUCGGCGGCGGAGUACAACUCCACCAAGAGCCCACUCGUGCAGCGCCUCGCGGCGUUCGGUGUCGUGGUCGACUGCCCCGACGCGGACGUCGGCGAUGGCGGCGCGGCUUCGGCGGCGGCACCAGCCUCGUCGUCUUCCAUGGAGGAGUGGUCGGAGAUCGACCUCCGGGACCCGCCGCCCGCCGCGGCGGCCUCCGACAAGCCGAAGCACAAGGCCUUCGUCCCGCCAUGGAAGAGCAGAGGCAAGAAGGAGCUGGACGCAUCGAGGCCACCGUUAGCCCCCGUCGACCAGAACAACAGCAAGAACGCCCCAUCCGUCCUCAUGGCCGAGAGCUCGCCGUCGGAAGCCAUGCCCACCGCCAAGACCGACAAGGGGAAGAGGAGGCACCUGACGGCGAUGUUCCACAACGGCGGCAAUGGCAGCGAGAACAAGGAGCCCCCGGCGGCGUCCAUGGAAGGCACAGAUCAGGAGAAGGAUGCGUCAAAGAGCAAGAAGAAGAGUUCGUGGGGGUUCGAUGGCCUCAAGAAGUGGAAGAAGGCAAGCAACGAUGAGGCGACGGCCGGCGGUGAGCGGCCGGAGCACGCUGCGCCGCGGUCUUCGUACAGUGAGUGCCGGCUUGAGGCGAGCCCGGCUGUUGCCAAGGAUGCAAAGAGAGCCAAGAAGAAGCUGAAUACGGCCACCGGCGACGAUGAUUCUGCUUCCGAUUUAGCGAAUGAUAAGGUUUUGGUGGAGAACACAAAGAAAGAGCUUUCAAGGAUUCAGGCUGAGUUGUCAUCCACCAACCGAAACUUGAACUUUUCGGAUCAACAAAUUGAGGCCAUCUCAACAAGGCUUCCAGUGGACAAAUCUGACCUCAAGACCUUCUUCCCAAAGGCAUGGUGCGAUGAACACGGAGACAACGUGAUCAACGUGGCGAAGAAAGAGUUCAAGGAGCACGUCGAAGAGAUGGAGAAGCAGAGGGACAUCACCGGCGGCGGUGAUGGCUGGGUUGCAUUCGGAGACAGCCAUGACGAAAAUUUCAACCCGAGAGCAUUCUCUCAGCAUCAGGCUGCAGUGAAGGGUAACGUCCAUGACAGUCUUAGCAGCAGUCAACAUUUCACAAACCCUUUCUAUGACGAGAAGAAUCCUUUCUUGACUCCAAGCUACGAUUGAUACUGCGAGUGAAUGUAAUUGGUCUUUUGUGUUGGAAAUUUCUGUGAUAGUUUUACCUCCAAGUUACUGAUGUUGUACUUUAAGGUUCAAUUGUUAUAUUGGACCUAGGUUGUGUAUGAAUUUUCUAUGAAUUAUGAGCUUGUUCCAUGAGCACAAUUCCCAGUACCUACGACAACAAUGUCCCGGGAAAU